ACACACGAUUUAGAUAUGACAGUCAGUUUGCUGUUUCGAUAUGUGCAAUUAACAUUGCAUAGUCUGUCAAAAGUUUUAUAAAACAUGCCGGAAGCCAUUAUUGUUAGGGAAGAAUUAGUUUUACAAAAAACGCGUGCUGUUGUUCAAUUCAUCUUAAUUGCUAAUUUACACAUUCUGAUCAUAACCUAUAGUUUGACUCCAUUUUUGAUGAAUGGGAACCAACAGAUUAUUUUAAGAUGGAUAUGGUUCCUGAUGUCGGUGUUCAACCUACUGCUCGUUUAUACCAAAGAAACUUUUUUGUCGUAGACUUGGAUCAACUGAAAAGUAUCUUAGCGGUGGACGGUAUAAAAGAUCGCAAUGUUGCGGUCGUUUCGAUAGCGGGAUCAGUGCGAUGUGGCAAACGGUUGCUGUUAAAUUUUUUUCUAAGAUAUUUGUACGCACAGUACAAAAGACAUGAUAUGACUGAGUGGAUGGGAAACACCGUACCUGAAGGAUACGAUUGGCAGAACGAACGAAAACGUAAAAUCGUUGAAAUCUGGAUGUGGUCCGAAAUUUUUACGCACGACUACGAGAAUGGUGACCAAGUGGCCAUCAUUUUACUGGGAACGCAAGGAAUCUUUGACGAUCGGACCGGCCUGAGAUCGUCCUCAUCCAUUUUCAACUUAACCAUGAUGCUAUCGUCAGUUCAGUGUUUCAAUAUAAUGCAAAAUAUCCGAAAAGAUCACUUGCGACAUCUGCGACUUGUCACCGAAUAUGGAACCUUCGUUUCGAAACGUUUAGCCGGAAAGGCGUUCCAGAAGCUGAUAUUUUUGGUAAGAGAUUGGCCAAACUCAUGUGAAACGGGCUAUGGUUACCAUGACCAAAGGUUUGUUGACCAAAUGUUGGCAACAAAUUUUAAUCGAACCGUUGAUAUGUUCGAAAUGAGACGACACCUUGCGGAAAGCUUUGAUAAAAUUGGAUUAUUCUUUAUGCCUCAUCCAGGAAUGGCCGUGUUGCAAAAGAAUAUAAUGCGUUGUAAACUACGGGAUAUUAAUUCGGAAUUUUUGGACUAUGCAGCGGAACUGUCUCAUCAACUGUUUGCACCGGAGAAUCUAACAAUGAAACUGAUUAACGGCGAAAAAGUGCGAGCUGGUGACUUUGUAGAGUACUUCCAAUCAUACGUUGGAGUUUUCAAAGGUAUCAAUUUGCCGGAAAUGGACACUCUUUACAAGGCCACGGCAGAAGUAAUGGAUUCCACCCUGGUCAGUAAAUGUUUGAGAUUCUACAUUGCAGCUAUGGGCAAGGAGGCCGCCGUUAAAAAUCCUUACUGUGCUGCAGUUUUUCGCGACAUCCAUAAACUUUUCAGGAUCAGAGCAACGAAAAUGUUUCAGAAAAAUGCAAAAUUGGGAUUUGGUGACAAAUUGGCUCGACUUGAGAAUGCGAUAGAAAAGGAAUUUCUAUGUUUCAAGCGAGAAAAUGAAAAGAAGAUCAAAAUGAAAGUGGUGAAGAGGACCAUUUUUAUAGCUGUAGUCACUGGUGGAAUAAUAUGUUCGGUGUUUGGUCAUCUCGGUACUCUCAUUGGCAGUUGGUUGGGUGGAUUUCUAGCACUUCACUCGUUGGACAAAGACGACAAAAGCGAGACGGAAGACGACAAGCAAAAACAAAGAUGACGCGGUUACAAAAACAAUUCGUUGCCGUGGAUUGCUCGUUGUAUUGUUUUUGUAAAUUUUUUAUUAUUUUUAUGUUGGAUAACCAGUCAUCAUUGACCUCAGUUUUUAAUUGUAAGUUUCUGCCAAGUAAAAAUUUUAAUUUUUACAUUUGUACGUGUCACAGCAUCCGAUAAUCUACUUAAAAAAAUUAAAUUAUAAGAAA